CCUCGCCGCUCCUCCUCCUCCUCCAUCUCCAUCGCCACCGCGAUCCGCCAUGGGGCGCGUGAAGCUGCAGAUCAAGAGGAUCGAGAACACCACCAACCGGCAGGUGACCUUCUCCAAGCGCCGGAACGGCCUCAUCAAGAAGGCCUACGAGCUCUCUGUCCUCUGCGACAUCGACAUCGCCCUCAUCAUGUUCUCCCCCUCCAACCGCCUCUGCCACUUCUCCGGCCGCCGCAGGAUCGAGGACGUGAUCACGAAGUACAUCAAUCUCCCGGAGCAAGACAGAGGAGGGUACGUUCGUGGAAUAGUUCGGAACAGAGAGUACCUGAUCAAGAUGCUCACGCAACUCAAGUGCGAGGGUGACAUAGCCGAGCAACUCACGCCCAACAGUAAAGGGCCAGUGAACUCCAACAUAGAGGAGCUUCAGAAUGAGAUCAGGAAAUACCAGCACCAGGUGCAGGCCUUGGAGGAGCGCAUCAGGAUGUUCGAGCCGGACCCGUUGUCGCUGGCGUCCAUGAACGAGGUCGAGGCGACCGAGAAGUUCCUCAUGGAGACCCUCGCCCGCGUCGAAGAGCGCAAGAAAUAUUUGCUGUGCAACCACAUGGGCCCCUUCGACCCCUCGCCCUCCGACAUGCAGCACGUGUUCGGCCUGCCGCCGCCGCCGCCGGCGCCGCCGCAGCAGCAGGGGGACAUGGGCGUCGGCGCGUUCGGCGGGGUCGGGGGCGACGUCGGCUCGUGGUUCGCCGACGGGGCGUCCAUCUUCGCUGGGCAGGACCCGAUCUUGGCCUUCAGAGAGCAGGUGAUGUUCGACUCGAUGCGGCGGGACGCGGCGGGGGUGGACCCGACGGGGGGGAUGGCGGCGAUGUGCCACGUGGACCAGCACGGCGGGCCCAGCGAGGACUGGCAGCAGGCGUACAUGUCGACGGACUUCCUCUCGGCGCUCAUCCCCUCCACGCCCUUCCCGCUGGACGACGACCAGGCGGUGAUCCAGGACGCCAUGGUGGACCCCGUGCUGGCGUCCCCCCCGCCGAUGGUGCCGCCGCCACCGCCGCCGCCGCACGUGCACGAGCCGCCGGUGGAGGCGGCGGGGAGCUGCUCCAGCGUCCCGCCGGGUGGCGACUGCGCCGCCGCCGCCGCCGCCGCAGGCCAGGAGCACGGCGGCCUGCCCGGCGGCGCGGUCAACAUGGGCUAGCUGAUGACGCGCUCAAUCAGUCCAUGCGUUAACAAGCUGACACAUCAGUACGCGGUGUAUUUCUUGAGAUUGUACGCCGUGUUUGAUCUCUUCUAGUUUCACAUGGAUUAUGUCUUACAUUUGGUAGACAGCUUUCUAUCUAUAGUUUUCUCAUGAAAUAAGAAUAAUUAAUUGAACUA